UGGAGUAGCGAGCGGGGCGCGCGGCUCCGGGGCGCGGGGACAGACGACAAGAGACGCCCGCGGCUCCGGGGCGAGAGGACAGGGAGCCGAGCUCCGGAGCGCGUCGGAUCCGCCCAGCCCCGCCGAGCGCAGGAUGCGCGGACCCGGGCGCCCCCUCCUCGUGGGGCUGCUGCUCGUGCUGGGGGCGGCGGGGCCCGGCCAGGGGGUCGCGGAGCCCCGGGAGGCCGCGGACCCGCAGAGCCUGCUGCGGCUCAUCGUGGAGAUCGUCCAGGAGCUCAGGAAGUACCACUCGGGGGAGGCCAAGAGGCUGCAGCUCUCCGGCCGGCAGGACGACAGCCUGGGCCGCAGGGAGGUCGCGGACUACGGCGCUUACGCCGAGGAGCAGAGAGUGGAAAUUGUUCCUCGAGAUCUAAGGAUGAAAGACAAGUUUCUGAAACAUCUUACAGGUCCCCUUUAUUUCAGCCCAAAGUGCAGCAAACACUUCCACAGACUUUACUACAACACCCGAGACUGCACCAUCCCUGCAUACUAUAAGAGAUGCGCCCGGCUUCUGACGCGGCUGGCUGUCAGCCCGCUGUGCGUGGACGGCUAAGGGAGGUGGAAGCCUGGGCUCUGGGGUAUUUUCAGAGAAAUGGAGUUUUGAGAAACAAGGACCCAGCUCAUUCCAGAGUGCAGCCUCGUCGGAGCAGGCCAGGACAGCCCCAGGUCAGGGAGACCGAGUUCCUGAGGACAUGACCACAGACACACCAGCACUGGGCGCGGCUGGAUCCUCAGACCCCAAGGAGCCUGAGUCUGCAUCUCUGAUGCUGUUCACCCCUCUGGCCCUGGAGGCCCGUGGUGACCAAGUCACUGCCCACGAGAAACCCCAGCACCCUUUCUGGAGCAUGAACACACGCAGACUGAAAUCCUGUCUGUAAACACAUCGUAUUACCUGUAAUGCGUGUGCCGGUCCAGCAGAACUGAUGGGAAAGUGAGAGAAUGUGUUUGUUUCCAGCAGUGAGCAGAGCCGUAAAGGACCGAUGGCCCAGGAACCUUGAGAAGUGCCUUGGAAACCAACAGGAACCAGAACCUGCUACCUUCCGAACACACCCUGUGAACCAGAGAUUUAUUUUUGCAGACAGCCUCUCCCGUAACUCCCUCACCUUGAGUUGUGUGUGUUGUUGGCACAGUGUGGACACACACCCAGUACGCUGGGGUACCUGACAGUAACACAAGAGGAGGCUCCACAUUUGCUGUGAAAUCCCUCAUUUUCCGGAUUAGGUGACAUCACAAAUAUUUCUUUAGAAACAUAAACAGAAUCAGUAAAAUCUGAAACUAUAUUUUCAUAUAGCAUAUGGUAUUAUUUAAUAUUUUUUAUUACUUUUAGAAUUAAAUUCCCAGAGUAUUAUUUGGAACUGCAUGAAAAACAAAAAUAAAAAGCUUUCAGCUGUGGAGAUAUUGGAGUGUAAACCUGUGAACCUAUUCAGGCUAAUUUCAUUUGUCCUUUGUUUAAUAAAUGUAAAAUAGUAUCCAGAUAUGUGCAAUAUGUAAAUACUGUAAAUAAAACGCAAGUAAUAAACACAGCGUUUGUUAUAAUGAAGACUCUGAAGUGACUCUCUACUGCUGAACGAGCUGACUGUUGGCAAUUCAUGACUGAGAAACCCAUGGAGAGACUGAAAUACUGGCAGGUCACAGAAUAUAAAAGGCAUACAUAACACGGGAAGGGUAUGAACUUUUUUUUCUUGUGGUUGCAUCUGCGGCAUAUGGAAGGUCUCAGGCUGGGAGCUGAAUCAGAGCUGCAGCAGAGGCCUAGGCCUCGGCCACGGCAACACCAGAUCUGAGCUGCAUCUGCGACCUGUGCCACAGCUUGUGGCAACACCAAAUCCUUAACCCACUGAGCAACGCCAAGGAUGGAAUCCGCAUCCUCCAGACUACGUUGGGUUCUUAACCCACUGAGCCAUGAGGGGACCUCCCAAAUUCUCCUAAGGGGCAAUUAAUCAGCAUUUUUAGAGUGGGGCACUACGUACGGUGACAUAUUCCUUAAGAGAGAACCUGACUUAGCCACAAAUUAUUUCAGAUCAAGCUGCAUCUGUAUUUCCUGUAUGAGUGUAAUGGAAACGCUAAACUGAGAGGGAGGGGCCUUGAGACGUCUAAGCAGCUUCAAAAUUUUACAGGAAAGUAUGUUUUGAACAAAUCUGAUUGGAUCUUAUUUUUACCUAUUUAUUUUUUUAAGGGCCUCACCUGCCACAUAUGGACAUUCCCAGGCCAGGGGCUGAAUCAGAGCUGCAGCUGCGGGUCUAUGCCACAACCACGGCUAUGGGGAUCCUUAACCCACUUAGUGAGGCUAGGACUCAAAUCCGCAUCCUCAUGGAUACUAGUUGGGUUCUUAACCCACUGGUUGCUUUUAAAAGACAAGUGAAUUCAGCAGUGAGUUUCUCUGUUCACAUGUCCCUGCCUAGAUACGACCACAGGACAGAGUCAACUUGAGAACCCUGGGGUUUGUCUAAGGAUCUGUAUGUAAGACACAUGUGAGCAUUAAAGAAAACAAACUACAGAGCUUUAUGAAUGUCAAGGAGCAGAGAUGAGUAAGAAAUUUCUUCAGCUGAGAUUACUAAGCGGUUAUUGAAUGACUAGGGUACAGCAAUAAAUUCUGAAGUGCUUUACUCAAUGCUAUUUUCUAGUUGUGGUUAAUGAUUUAAACUUUUCCCCCUCAAUUCUUUACUUUUGAGGGCUGCAUGCUUAAAUUCCCAGUAUCUUAACCUCUUCGGUAUUCUGGGAAAGGACCACGGAGAGACUGCCCAGGCCGCCAGACCCUGUUUGGCCCAUCUUCUAGCCGUGCCCGGCAGGAGGCCUGCUGGGAAGGCAGCUUCAGACUCAAGCGAGCUCUGGCCUAACCCGCCCCAGGGACCUCAUGACACUGAGGACUGGGAGCCGAUCCCUGGGCUCUCCCUGCUGCGGGCGACCGUCACUCAGACUGACCUGGGACUCUGAGUCCUCCCAGGACUUUGGGGGGAGACAGAGUGUGGAGGAAAGCUGCCCCUCAUCUAGCCUCUGGGGGGGCCUGGCCUGGGGGGGGCUGGCCCCCAGGGAGGGGGGUCUACACUCUGCUGCGGGGGGGGGGGGGUUGGCAAGGCUGCUGUGGCCACAGGCCACCAGCUUCUUCCAUGA